UUUCCAACGAGCGCUCCUUCAGUAGUCGUGAUUCCCUGGUCCAGCCGACACGUGUCGGUGCCGCGCAUCGCUCUAUCUCUUUCUCGCUUCAAUUUUCACGUCUUCGCGCACAGAAAACUUUCGCCGGCUCCUUAGUUUUUCCUCGUUGUUUUCCUUUUCCCGCGGUACUUGACACGCAGUCCGCGUAUCAGAAGCGAGCCAGUUUGUAGUUGCAGCACGCCGUUUCCCUUCACGCUCGCUCGGCAGCUUCGAUUCACAGGUACUCGACUGUCAGGGCGUAAUCAGAACCAAACAGCAGGCCGGUCCGCGUAAAAAGCACCCCGCAACCCCCCCCCAGCCGUUCAGCUACCAAAUUCGAAACACGGCCCCAAACAAUAGACCCGUAGCCGUCGCUUAAUGUGAAUUUAAUUUAAUAAAUUGCCUCCAAACUCCCGGAAAAGUUAAAAUAAAAUGAAAAUAUCCGCCUCCGAGUGGGACGUACUAUUUUCGUGUCAGCCAUAUUAAAAGUUUGAAGCCACCAUGUCGACUAUGAGCGACUACGAACGCAUCAGGCUCGUCGUUUUGGGUGGGCCGGGAGUAGGCAAAAGCUGCAUAGUGAAGAGAUUCUUGACCAACACUUACUGCAACAAGUACAGGAGUACCGUAGAAGACCUGUACAACAGGGAAUACGACUUGGGCCAUAUGACUCUCAAGGUUGACAUCUUAGACACCGCUGGUGACAUGCAGUUCCCGGUAAUGCGCCGCCUCUGCAUCGCGACUGCGCAUGCCUUUCUCUUGGUGUACGCGGUAACCUCCGCGCCAUCUUUUGGCUGCGUCAAGCAGUGUUUCGAGGAGAUCCGGGAGCAGAGGAAAGAUUACGAGGACAUUCCUAUCGUCGUCGCCGGCAACAAGCUGGACCUGACGGCAUCUCAUCGCGAAAUUUCCGUCGAAGACGUCUCUGAGUGGGUCUACUGUCAGCUACCCAAGCUAAGGGUUAAGAUUCUGGAAUGCUCGGCGAAAGACGAUAUCAAUAUCAAAGAGAUAUUUCGAUCUUUCCUGACGCUGUCGAAAUUCCUCCCGAAGGACAACGCGGUCGAUUCGAGCGGAGGACUGAAAAGACGAUCCAGCGCUUACGUGUCGGCGACCAGCAAGGGCAAACGCAGGGCCGAGAGCCCUUUACCGGAGAAGGAUAAAGCAUCUGCGUCGGGUUCCGCCGCCGCAGAGGGGAUUCACCUCGCUAAACCGAGAUCCCGAUCCCUUAUCCGUAGGGCGAGCCGCAAAGCGAAGCAGCAGAUAAGGGAUGCUCAGAGCAUAGACGAGUGCAACGUGUCAUAAAUUAAACAGGAGACCGAUUUUUAUUUUCAAAGAUGAGAGCGUCAGCUUCUCAGAGCAUUAUUUUUUCCGUACGUCAAAUGACGUGCCCUUUGGAUGUAUUCCUUUCGCAUUUUCAACGGGACUAUCACGCCCGCCAGAUCCGAAUUGUGGAUGAAUCGAAGAUAAUGUUUAAACGCCCACGUUCCCCGAUGUUGUAAACACGUCUGUACCUAUCCUUACGCGACGGCGGCGCUAGCGCCGAUCGUGCCACUGUGUACCGUCCUUUAUUUUUCUAUGUGACCAAGUUGAAUCAGUGUUAUAUUGCGUGUUUACCACUAGGGUCUCAGUCCCGCAAACGUAGUGUCUCGAAAAUCUGGCGCAAAUACGUACAGAGACGGGUCCAAAAAUAUAGUAGUUCUUGCUCUGGCAUUAUACAGGGUAGAGGAAAAUAUUUUCGAAACACGGAGCCUGGGUGACGUUUCGUGCGUAGAGGAUUUUACUUACCUAAGCCGUUCAUUAGCAGUUAUCAGGAGUUGAGUUGGAUUAGAAACUGCGGAACCUUUUUAAAAUUUGACCCAGUUUGAUAUUUUUCUUUAAUCAAUUUUCCGUGCAAAAAAAAAACUAUCCGCAGGGUAUUUUGAAGAAACAUAAUUUUAUUUACAUAGCCGAAAAAUGUUACUUUAGAAGAUAACACAUGUUCAUUAAACAAACUAAUCUUAUUUAGCACAUAAUUUAGUCGAACUUUCUUUUAGUACCCGAUAGGUUCAUUUUCAGUUGGAUACUAGAGGAAGUUUUCGUUGGUAUAACGCAGGAUGUGAACCUAAAAUGUAACCUAUUCAAAGCAACCAAAGGCGGUCCAUUUGAAAUUUUCAAGGUGACGUCACUGUACUGCUAUUAACUACGUGAAUUGAAAUUCGUCCUUAAGUAACAACCUGCAAACUUUUCAUUGAACGGUUUGCGUAAAUCACCCUGUAUAUGUACACUAUGUCCCAGUAAGUUGGAAGCGUAUGGGAUUAUUAAUUUUAGGAAAAAACCUAUUUCUCUAAUCCCAUCUAAAAGUAUAAGGUGUUGUCAAAAAAUGUUUUUUAAAAAUGUUUAUCGGAACUAAAAAUUACAUUCAAAUGUUCAAGUACGUCAAUUUACAUUGAAAAUAAUUCAUAGAUUCUUUCAUACUUUUAAGUUUCAAUUUAUUUCGAGAAUUGAUAUUACAUUAGUUGCAAGACUUAUUGCAUUAUGUAUUUUUUAUUUGCAAGAAACGAGAAGGUUAUCAUAGUUUUUAUAAUCAGAAAAGAUAAAAGUUCGUUCAAAAUAGAAACAAUAACCUAUUUUACCAUUGUAAUUGCUUCUUUGAAUGUAGUUCAAUACAAUCGAUAUUCUUAUACUACUGGAAAAAUUGUAUUUUUGACUUUCGAACAUGCAGAACUUUUUUGGAAGAAUUGGCCUUUUUCCUAAAAUUCCUAAAUCAAUAAAUCUCCCAUAUUGUUCCAACUCACUGAGACACACUGUAUAGUAGCGUAGUAGGUGCGCUUGGACGAAAUUGACGCCCCAGAGUGUAUUUUGCUGUUGAGACCAAUAACAAAAAGCACACACACAUACAUAUUAUAUCUAUAUAGCUCGAUUUAAAUCGUUUGUUGUGUAUCGUGCGUGUUGGAGUUUUUCGCUAUAGCUUUAAAAGAGGUAAGAAAAUGUCCGAAAUCAAACUCUGCACGAGAUGAGAAAAUCAACUGUGAGACGUUACGCUUAUUUAAAAUAUUUUAUAUAACGACGAGUGGAGACACUUCGAGCCUAUUUGUCAGACAUCCUCAGACGUUCCCGUAGGAAUAAUUCCCGAAUUUCGGUGUCAAUGUGCCCCCUCCGCCCACCCGCCCCUUAGGUCGCGCGUUUGUUUUUCGCGACAACCCGUGGAAUUCAGGGGUAGCCCCUCAAUCAUUAAGGGCGUUUCGCAAGAAAGCAACACUCCAUUUUUGUCUAUUCAAAAAAAUCGUUUCGAGCAAUUUAACAGUGAAAAAAGAGAUUGCCGAUGGAAUAAACCUACAGCUAAGUUUUUGAAGUAUUGCGCUUCGUUUCAACACAACGAAGAAUUCACAAAUGAAUGAACUUAAAAAAAAUACAUUUACAAAAAAAAAUUGUUCGGACAAACACAAGUAUCAGAAAUUUCUGAAAAUGUAUCUAGUAUUUUGAGUUCCUAGUCGCAUUAAAAUGAAAACCACAAAUUCGCUAACUAAACCGAUCCUGGAUUCUUCAGAUAAAAUUUAUCGGGCUACCCCUUUCAUUUGUAUAUCUUACUGUCAUUAUAUCUACGUCAUAUCGAAUGUUGAGAAUAAAAUUGAAUUUUCUACGAAGUGGCUUUGAUUUUCCCCAGCAUCCCGAUGCUUUGCAGCCUCGAAGUUCUCAAAUUUGAAUAAAUUGAAAGUCGAUGGUUGAUAUAAAACAACAUGGCGUUCCAAAAUAUAUUUAGGCUGUGACCAUCAUAAAUACUAUUUACCGGGUCAUCUGAUCAUGGGAAAAAUUGUAAAUGAAACUUUUCUUUACUUGUCUAAUGCCAAGUAGCAUUUAUUAUAAUGAACUACUACUUUUUUAGGAUAACGUAGUUUUUCAAAUAGCACUCAAGCAGGAACAACAACUUUUUAAAACCGGUAAUUUUUCUGCGACAUUUUGACACCAAAAUCCGUUAAAAAAUGAGCUCACAGGAAGGAAAAAACCGGGUAAGAAAAUACAUUUUUAUAAAAACAAAAUAUUACGUAGGUAGCUUUGCUUCUGUUCAUUAUAUAUUGUCAAGUCGGUAAGAUUAAACAUGCAAAAGAAACUCUCUAACUAGCUGGAUUUACGUUGACGUAUCCCACAACAUUAGUUUUCAUUUUUGUGGAUUUAUCAUUUUCAAUUCCAGUUUUCUAAAGAAAGAAUGUGCAAGAAGGCGACGUCCCGGACAGCGGCCUGCAUACAAUGCACGGGUCUGUCGAGAGUUUUUUCUACCCCGUAUAUCAGAAAUGUAUCAACUUUUUCUCAACUUGUAAAUUGAUUAUUGUUUUCCAUGAUAAUCGAAAUCGAGAACACGACAAAAUCGAUAAUCAGAUAAAAAUGUAACUAGCAGAAUUUUCAAUCAUGCCGAUGAUGAUGAAUAGAAGCAAAGCCACCUAAGUAAAUAUACUAUUACUUACCUGUUUUUUUCCUUCCUGUGAGCUUAUUUUUUAAUGGUUUUUAAAAAUUUUGGUGUCAAAAUGUUGCAAAAAAAGUGUCGGUUAUAAAAAGUUGUUGUUCCCACUAGAGCGCUAUUUGAAAAAACUAGCUUAUCCUAAAAAAAUAAUAGUUCAUUACAUUAAAUGCUAUUUACCAUUAGACAAGUAGAGAAAAGUUUCAUUUACAAUUUACUUAUGAUUUAUUUAUGAUGGUCACAGCUUCCUAAACAAUUUUCAAAAAUUAAAUAAAAAAUAAAUAAAAAAAAGAGAAAAACCAGCCUAUUCUAGGUAGAAUGAUCUUCUGAAUCCCAAAAUAUUGAAGUUACUGUCGUUUCCGCUCAAACUAGAAGUGCAACCAUUGACUACAUGUCGUCAAAAAAUUGGCCAUUCAGCCUAUAUUAACACUUCCAAAUUUCAAAUUGCUAUCUCAAGCCGUUUAAAAGUUAUAGAGUGUCCCUAAUGUCUUACGUUAGCCGGUAUAUAGUAAUUCUUUCUGUUUUAAGUACAUAAUUAAAAUAAUAAAAAAUAAACGAAGAUUUAGGAUAAAUUAAGCACUAUUUAUCUAUAUUGAUUCGACCCUUAUUUAAAAUGAGAUAUGCUAUUUUAAGUGAUUGUCACCUUAUUAAGGUUAACCCUAAAUAGCAAAAGUAUUUUUCUUUUAAAUAUGUAAGGAAAAUGAAAACGAGGAUACAAAUGAAACAAAAAAGGUUGAAUAUAAAAAAUAACAACAUUUAAAGGAAAAUUUAAUAACUCGGUUGCAUUCUCCAAUUUUUUUAAAAACUAGUUGUUUGAUAAAACAUUUGACGGCCUGCAUGGGUUACGCGUACCACACUGGUCCAUUGUUCCGAU